AUGGAGAAAACGGCGAUUGAGAUUACUGGUGGAACAACAGAAUGGACAAGCAGGUUGAGCCUGAAAAAAGCAAUGGAAAGGUUUGGGGAGGUUGUUGGUUGCCACAUUGGGCAACGGGGUGUGGACAAGCCUGUGGUGCGCUAUGUCAAUGGCGAAGUGGCGCAGGGUGCCUACGAAUCGUUGAAGAAAGGAGAGAUUGUCUUGGAUGGUCAGAUUCUGCAAGGGGACUGGAAAGCUGAUCGAGGAAGGUGGGCACCUGUUCUUUUCUAUCUGGUUAAAAACAAUAAGACAAGUAUGGACAAGUUGUUUUCUUUGAUAGAAGGGGGGAGCGGCGGGGAACGGGCCAUCAGCCACAAUUUAAAGAGUCUUUUUGUCAGGCCAGGCGUUCUGAACAUUGCAGUGAAGCUGCUAGGCCACCACCUGAGCCCACCAAGCCUCGGGAGAGCGUCAUGGAAAUGCGCCCUGCCUGGGAAGGGUCCUGAUGUGGAGAUCGACUUUAUAUAG